AAUGAGACCAAACAAACCUUCAUAAGAUGCCUUUGAUGAAGUAUAAGGAUCAUAUUCAAUGGAUGAUCAAUUUAAUGUAUAGGAAGGAUAUAGAAAUUCAAUUGAUGAAAUUCCAGCUAAUUAACUUAGGUACUAUUUAAAUUUUAUUUUAUAGUGGAGAUGAAGCAUUAGAAAAGAGUUUUAUGUAAUCAACAGGACAAUCAUCAAUAUGGUAAAAAAAAGGAUAAAAAACUUCAAUUCCAAUGACAUCUGUAAUUGUAAUGAAGAGUAUGGUUGGAGUAGGAAUUCUAGGAAUAGUAAUUAAUAUGAUUUUAAAUUAGCCUUAUGUUGCAUCUAAUUUUGGAGCUAUAUUAACAAUUUUGAUUUUAAUGAUAAUAUUUUUUUUGGGAAUACUUUCAUCUAAUUUAUUGUUAAAGUCUAAAAAUCUAUCAAAAAGAAGUAAUUUUUCAACAAUUGGAUUUUAUAUCUUUAAACAUAAAUGGAUUAUUAUAGUAGUGAAUGUGAUGAUAAUUUUAUCAAAUUUAGGAGUAUGUUUAAGCGAAUUAAUGUAAUUAAUAUUAUAAUUUUAGUAUUUUUGGAGAUACAGCAAGUAAUCUUAUAAAUUAUUUUACUAAUAGAGAUACAGAUGAUUAACCAUUCUAUUUAACAAGACCUGUUUUUUUAAUAGUAAUAAGUAUAAUAUUACUUCCUUUUUUACUUGUUAAAUCUAUAGAGAAAUUGAGAUUUGUAAGUUUAUUUGCUAUUUUAUCAAUCAGUUCAUUUUCAUGUCUUGUAAUCUAUAAUUUUUUCAGAAUUGAUUAAACUAAUAGUUAAUUUUCAUGGUGGAUUCCAGAUAAUUUUAAUAUUAAUAGAGCUUUAGCAUCUAUGCCAACAUUAAUAUUAGCAUUUAAUUGGCAAUUUAAUUUAUUUCCUAUUUUUAAAGGAAUGGCAUAACCAACUGAUUAAAAUUUAAUCACAUCUACAAUUCUCGGAUUUUGUUAAGGAUCUCUUUUAUAUUUGAUAGUAGGAUUGCUAGGAUAUGCAACUUAUGGAACAAAUGUAAUAAAUAUAAAUAAAUUAUAGAUUGAACCAAACUUUUUAUUAAGUAUUGAUGAAAAAGAUGUUGGUCCUGUUUUAUUUGUUAUUUUAAAUUUAACCUUUGUAUUUUCUACAACUCUUACAUUACCAGUCAUAUUUUUUGGAGGAAGAAACAAUUUUAUUUAAAUGAUUAAACAAUUCACAGUAAUUAUUAUUAUAUAUAAUAUAGGAAAAUAAAAAAGUUAAUAUAUAGGCCAAAAAGAAAUUAUUAGAUAAUUAAUAAACUGAAUAAUAUUACAAAGAUCUGUUGUAAUUUAGAAAAAAAUCUUAAGCUAUCCGAUUUUAUGGAAUCAGUAUUACUUUAUUCAUUUUAUUGGCUAUUGGAGCUGUUUUCAUUAAAAAUUUAGGAACUGUCUAUAAUUUAUUAGGAGCAAUAGCAUGUAAUGCAAUUUAAUUAGGACUUCCUACAUUAUUCUAUGUAUUUUUAGUAAAACAAGUUAAGAAAAUGAAAUUUCGAAAUAAUUUGAAUAGAAUAUUUUAUUUUUUUGUUUGUGGCCUUUUGGGUGUAAGCAUAAUUCUAACAUUUUUAUGUGUGACUUGUGAAUUUAUAAAACCAGAAAAAGAAGUUGUUGAUAAUUGA